GAUGUUGCGCUGCAGUUUACACCGGCCGGCUUAACGUGGAUUUUAACCAAAUUUUAAAAUCACUUUGAGAUGAACUGAAAUUGGAAUUUGUAAGAUUUUUACAAUGAGUGUCAUCGACGUAAAUGCUAAAGAUGGCACUCCACCCGGACAUCACGAGUUGUCACCAGAGGAGGAAUUACGAUACUCGGAGUUGUUUGGAAAACUGGAUGUGGACGGCGAUGGACGAAUCAACGUUGAUGAUCUGCAGGAGGGUCUUGUGCGUAUGGGAGUGCAUAUGGUUCCCAAUCAUGCUGAAAAAUUCAUGUCAAAGAGCGAUCAAAAUCAAGAUGGACUUUUGGACUUUUCAGAAUUUGUUCGCUAUGUGACAGAGCAUGAAAAGCAGCUUCAUCUUGUGUUUAAGAGUGUAGACCAUAACCAGGAUGGAGCAAUAGAUGUAGAUGAGAUCCUUCUUUCUCUCAAGAAACUUGGUGUAUCUGUCAGCAAAGAGGAGGCAGAUAAACUUCUUAAAAGGUUUAAGGGUUGCAAAGGGUGUCGAGACCACAUCCCAAAUCAUGAUCCCAGGCAUGGGGAAUUAGAGUGUGUGUGCUAUAUGGAUAAGGAUGGAACAUUAAAAGUUGACUGGAAUGAAUGGAGGAAUUAUCUCUUACUGCAUCCCAGCUCUGACCUGCGAGAUAUAUAUGCUUAUUGGAGACAUGCAACUUUCCUUGACAUUGGUGAAGAUGUGAUGGUUCCUGAUGAAUUCACUGAGCAGGAGAGACAGACUGGGAUGUGGUGGAGGAUACUAGCAGCUGGAGGAGCAGCCGGAGCAGUGUCAAGAACAGUGACAGCACCCUUAGAUAGGUUAAAAGUUAUUCUACAGGUCAUAGGUUCUAAGAAGCCCAAUGUAGGUAUAUUAGAUGGUUUCAAGCACAUGUACCGAGAAGGUGGUAUUACAUCAUUCUGGAGAGGAAACGGUAUCAAUGUUAUCAAGAUUGCUCCUGAAUCAGCCAUCAAGUUCUUUGCAUAUGAGAGGAUAAAACGGUUAUUACACACAGAAGGCAAAGAAUUGAAGGUGUAUGAGAGGUUUGUGGCAGGAGCAUUAGCUGGAGUAGUAGCACAAACUUCAAUAUAUCCUAUGGAGGUAUUGAAGACCCGACUAGCAAUCCGCAAGACUGGGCAAUACAAGGGUAUCUUAGACUGUGCAGUACAGAUCUAUAAGAAAGAAGGUUUCCGAUGUUUCUAUCGAGGGUACAUUCCAAACUGUCUGGGUAUUAUCCCAUAUGCUGGUAUCGACCUGGCAGUAUACGAGACGGUGAAGAAUUCCUGGAUAAGGAACCAUCAGGAUUCACCGGUCCCAAACACUGUGGUCUUACUAGGAUGUGGUACCGUCUCAAGUACAUGUGGGCAACUAGCCAGCUAUCCUCUCGCUCUCGUUAGGACUAGAUUACAAGCACAAACAUCAAAAACAACGACUAUGGGUAGUCUGUUCACAGACAUCAUCAAAUCUGAAGGCUUUAAGGGACUCUAUCGUGGUAUCACCCCCAACUUCAUGAAAGUAAUACCAGCAGUUAGUAUUGGUUACGUUGUCUACGAGAACACUAAGACUCUCUUGGGUGUCAAAGCAGUCUGAGAAAUGAGACUAACAGAAUAGGAAUUGUGCAAAGAAGUACAGUUAAGCCAUUGCUUCUUGUAGGCUGUUGGUGAGGGUUAUGUAAGCUUUGGGAAAGGUCUGGAUUCUUUAGUCAACGGGAGGCAAUGGGGUUUAUUUGCUGCUGGAGCAGAGCUGUGGGUGUGGCUGUACGAUUGCUUUCAUAGAAGACUGUGAAUGUUAGGAGACAUGAAGAUUGAGGAGAUACAGUGAAGGCAUGAGAUGAGGAGACAUUUAACGUGUGUGAUCAAGUGAAUGACGAUGGCUUUAUACUGUCAGCAAAGUAGGAUACAGAGAGCCUCUCAAGCUUUGGUUGAAUGCAAUGUAGGAGUGCUUGCCUAUUUCCACGGAGUUAUAAAUCUGAAAUCAGUACAUCAUCAAAAUAAUAGAUGACUCGUGCCAGCUGUUCAAACUGUUAAUUUUUUGAAGUAUUUUGUUUUGUUUUGUGUUAAUGUUACAUAGUUUUCCCUGAAAAUACUGUUCCAAACAAAAUUAUUAUACUUCAUUAGUGUACAGCACAAUGAUCAGGUAAAACUACUAUUCUCUCACAUUUUUUUAUUGGCUCUGAAAACUUUCAAAGCAAAUGUGGAGACCAUACCAUAUGUGUUUUGACUUUUUCAAGUGAGAAUUAAAAAUAUCAUUGUUUUUAUUUCAAAUCCCCUCUUUGAGUGCCCCCCCCCCCUUAUGCCCACUUUCAAACAACUGAGAACUUACAGUUUGAACAAUGCACCCAUGUUGUUUCUUUUAAGAUUGGGGAUAGGUUCUGAAAAGAAAUUACAUGGUGAAUGAAAUUGUAAGGUGUAUUUUGCUAGAAUCUCUAUCUUUUAGUAUGUUGGUGGGGCCCUCUAAGAAGUUAUCUGAUUUGGAAUGGUAUGAACAAAUAUGAGGAAAUCUUAAAGAAAAUAGAUUUUAAAAAAUGGUUUCUUGAUCAGUCAGUACUAUGAUUUUAUAGUUCUUCGUUACGUCGAAUCCUGGGCCAUCUUACAAUGAAUUGCAAUCUGAGCAUGGGGGGUGUUUCACAAAGAUUUAAGUAGAGUCACACUUAAAUGAUGCCGCGUAUAAGAUAUGCAACGCAAGAUCUUAUUAAUUAAUAUGCAGUAGUGCGCGUCCUCUUGGCAUGAUCUGACCAAUGCGGUCUUGCCUUUUAUAACACCCGCAACUAGGCAUUUGAAUGGGACUUGUAAGUCAUAGUUAAGGAGAAAUAUAUUGAAAAUCGUAAAAAUGGAGAAUCAUAUAUCAAAUC